AUGAUUUGUGACGCACUCCGCGCGUUCAAUCUUGGACCUGUCAGAACUGUCACGACUCCUAUAGAAUUCGACACAAACUGUAAUGGUGAUGAAACUGAGGAACUAGUACUUUACAUCUUGUAUGUGAAGCUCUCGGUACGCUACUUUGGAAUUGCUAAUUCUACACGCCCGGACAUAGCGUAUGCUACCAAUUUUGCGUCAAGUCACCGCGAGAAGCCUCGGAAAGACCAUUGGGAGCUGAUCGAGCGACUUUUUUUUCGCUAUCUCACGGGCAUUUUGGCUCGUGGUUCGCGCUACUGGAAGACAAGCGAGGCUGUUUCAGUUAAAAACCUCGAGGUCAACAUUUAG